AUGGCGAAACGAGUAGCUGGGAAAAAGCAUAUUAAACAUAGUCCACAAACUAAACUUCAAACGGAAACGCAAUUUGCUUCAACGUUUCUAGUAAAAUCGAGUACAUCAUAUGUAUCGGCUGUGAAACGAAUUACGAAACAGCUAUCGAAAUUCUCAAGGACAUUGGGUCCUAGAAAAUUUCAAAAUGAUCAAUAUAAGAAGACACAGUAUGUAGUAGUAAAAGGGAUGGGUAAGACUAUUGAGAAAUGUUUAAAACUAGCUAUGAAUUUUCAAAAUUUGAAUUACCGGGUAGAUAUUAUUACUGGCAGUGUUGAAGUGCUUGAUGAAUUUAGAAGAGUAGAGAAAUCUGAAGAAGAAGAAGAAGAAGAAGAGGAGGAGGAGGAGGAGAAGAAGGAGACAGAGUACCGAAAACGGAUGGUUAGUUCGGUUGAAGUACGUAUUUGGUUAAAAAGAGAAUAA